UUUUCUGUUCUGAAAGCAGUAGUUUCGCGAGCGCGAGUACCUCAGUUAGUGUGUAUUAGUGGUGCUGUGCGUACUGUACGUCCCUGCCUUAUCCUUUUAUAUUCCAUGAUAUGACAACUACUCACAUUAGACUAAUUUUAUAAAAUAUAUAUUUAAACAAAUACUGAUUUGUGAAUUUAGUUCUACGGAUUACUAAGUUGAUUUCAUAUACAUUCGAAAGAAUGAAAAUAAUGAAAAUAAAAUGGAACCAAUGCAUAAAGAAAUUUUAGAAAAACUCCACGAAAAAAUAACUGAUAUCAAUGUCGAUAAUGGUAUUGUAUCAUUUCUACAAUUCAAUGGUAUUUUAACUGAUUCGGAUAUCGAUGCCAUCAACAGAACAACUCAUCGCAUAGACAAGGCUACGACUCUGCUAAAUAUCCUGCCAGAACGAGGUUCACGUGCCUUUGAUUGUUUUUACCAAUCUCUUAAAAAACAUUACAAUUGGCUAAGUGACGAGAUGUUGAGAAUGACGGCGGGUGAAGAAGUUGAUUCGAGGGGAUGUACAUCACCAAUAAUGCCUGCCAUGCCAACAUUCACAGUCGUCAGAGCGGAAAAGAUGGAACAGCUUAGACAUGCACUGAGAAAUUUAUUACCAGGCAGUUACGUUGUCUUGCACGGUAUGAAAGGAUACGGAAGAACUCGUCUCACGGCUUUAACUCUCGAUGAUGGACCACUAGUUAACGAAUUAUUUAAUAAUGAAAUUUAUUGGAUAAAAUUCGGCUCUGAGGGAGCUAACACAGUGGAAGAUGAAAUUUUAACUCAAUUGCAACAGCUGUAUGAUAAAGUAGAAAAACGUGAGGUAUCAUUAAAUUUGGGAAAAUUGAAAGAUGAAAUGUGUUCAAUGUUGAAACGUCAUUUUAAUUUAAAGCACAAUUCGCUGUUAAUUCUCGACGAUGCUUAUGAUAAAAAAAUAAUCGAAGUAUUCAAUUUUGGAUGUAAAACCCUAGUAAUAACAACCGACACUGAAAUAUUGUCUUACAACAAUAAUGUGCGUAAAGAAGUUAUUAAAAUGGAAGAAGGAUUUACAGAAGCCGAGAGUUUGGAUUUAUUUGCACGAUCAUUGGAUAUACAAGUUGAUUUACUGCCAUCUGAAGCCAAAGACAUUCAUUAUGAGUGCAAUGGUAUGCCGAUACUAAUUGAUAUGUUUGCGGCACAAUUUAAAGAGUUUAAGGAAGAUAUGAUAAUAAGUCGUUACCGUUGGCAAUAUUAUUUGAAGGCGUUGCGUAAAAAGGAUGCAUCGAAUGCUGUAAUGGAAAAAUUUUUACGUAACCAAUCAAAUACAUUUGAUGUAUGUAUAGGUCGUUUAGAACCUUACCAACGUGAAUAUUAUAAAAGCUUAGCAAUUUUUAGCGAAGAUAUUAAUAUAAUGCCAAAAACACUAGAAGUUUUAUGGAAUGAAUCAAAAUGCAAAGUUGAAGAUAUAUUACUUAGUUUGUGCCGUAAAUCACUUGUUGUCAGAUACUGGAAUUUUGAUUUAAAGUCAUAUAUUUAUGGUGUACACGAUUUACUGCUUCGUCAUUUGCGCAGUCUAUUUGAUAAGAGAAAAUUAUCAUCGAUGCAUCGUGAAUUUGUUAAAAAAUUUUAUACAAUUUGUAAAAAUGAUUUCUCAAAAUUUCCUAAAGAUAAUUACACUUACGCAUACAUCGGAUACCAUCUUGAGCAAGCGGAAAUGUUUAGAGAAUUUCAAAAAUUAUAUCUGAAUUUCAAUUUUAUCCAGAAUAAAAUUAAUAACAGUGGAGUUAAUGAUUUGUUAAUUGAUUUAAAAAAAUAUCGCGACCACAUAACAGAUAAUGAUGAAAAUAUUGAAAGGAAAGUAAGAGAUUUGGAAGAGUUUUUACAGACCGAAACAAAAACUUUGGCUGAAUAUCGUCAACGUGAUUGCCUUGAUUUAGUACAGAUAGCUUUGAAUCAUCCACGUGGUUAUUGCUAUGAAACCGCCCGUUCAAUAGCACAAUCACAGAAAAAUAAAUUGUACCUAAAAAAUACUCAUCAACGUUCUGAAUUACAUAACCCAAUAGCUGAAGAACUAAAUAUGGAAUUUUCUACAGUUAAUUUUACGGAUAAUCCAAAUCAAAUUUUAAUUGGAACAAAGACAGGUUUAAUUAUGUUGUGGAAUUGUGAUAAAAAAAAACACAGACCAUUUUAUGCUUUCGAGAAAUCGAAAAUUGUUAAAGUUAUUGUGUCACAAAAUGGCAAAUUUUUCAUUGCUCUAAAUAGUGAAUCGAUAGUAAAAUAUUUUACUUUAACAACUGACAAUGAUGAUGAUGAUGAUGAUGAAAAUGAAAAUGAAUUAUAUGAUGAUUAUUCAGAUAAUAAUCAUUCACAUACGCCACGGGAUAAACAAACAUUUUGGUACCCGAUUGUUCCACGACAAACAAACACUAGUUCAGUAACUUACGAUACGAACGGUGAAUUAAUAACAGACAUGACACUGAGUUCAGAUGAUAAAAGACUAGCUGUUUGUACGGCUAAAGGCACUAUUAUAGUUUGGGACGUCGACGGCAAACAGAAGGCGUCAAUAAAUGAAAAAAAUACGAGCUUUCAAAAACUAACAUUCGUUAAAGAGUCCCGUCAAUUACAUGUAGUUGAUACUAAGGGCACAAUCACAGUGUAUUUAUGGGAUGGAAAUAGUUAUGACUAUAAAACUCGUUAUCAUCCAUUUCCGAGGGGUGUCGACGAGUCUUCAUUUGAUAUAGAAGUUAUAUAUCUUAAAGAAAAAAUAGACCAGGAUGAAACAAUUGUGAUUUAUUUAACACGCGAUACAAUUCUUCUGAUAAAAUGGAAAAUCGAUACAAACGGUAAUCUAUGUAGUCCUGAUAAACGUCCAUUUUAUGAAGCAAUUGAUGCUAAAUUUAACGAAGCUACACUAACACACGACGGCAAUUAUUUGGUUGUUAGUAAUACUGACUCUUUAUUGCGUGUUUUUAAUUUCGAAUAUGGAUUGGAACCAGUAGCUUACUAUCCAGAAUGUACUGUUUCACUGGAUACUUAUUAUGAUUAUGAUUGCCAGUACCACUUAAUUAUAAGUGGUGAUAAACAUUCCAUCCAACGUUGGACAUUUUGCCCAGGAAGUCUACCACAGUCGCUUAUAAGACCAUUGUUUGAUGCCAUUAUGAAACCACUGGGACAAUCAAAUAUUAUAGCACAAGAAAUCGUCGGGAAAAAAAUAGGACUGUAUAUUGAUGAAAAUUUGAAAGUUGAGACGGACAAUUUCAUAGGAAAAAUAGUAACACUGAAUUUAAGCCCAGAUGGAAAUAAAAUACUUUAUACGAUUAAAAAUGAAACAUCAACAAAAAUUACAGCGUAUAAAAUUUGUUUGUAUGAUGUCAAAACUAAACAAAUAACCGAAAUAGUGUCAUCGCUCACAGAAUUUCCAAACUUAGUUAAAUUUAUUCAAGUUCAAGAUGAGCUGGCUAUUGUUUUUAAACAAAAUGAUAUAUUGUGUUACAUUUAUAAAGAAGCUAAGAUAGAUUUGAGGGAAACUAGUAAUAUCAUUAAUUUGCACACCAUUAAUAAUAAAUAUGUGGUUGGUGUUACACGCGAUGAAAUAAUUAAAAUCUGGGAGAUGAAAGGACAAAGGUGGAUCCAAUUAUGUCAAAUUAGAAAUACAGAACUAAAUUUACACAGACUACAAGGCCCUCAUGUCUGUUACAGUGCAAUUAAUUUAAAAAAUAAUAUGAUCGCCAUUUUAAAAAGUAAUUAUCAAAUGGCUAUAUAUUUUAUUGGUUAUAAUACGUCGAAUGUACCAGGGAAAUUGGCAAGACUUGACAAUACGCAUUUUACAUUCAAUAAAAAAUUAACAUGCUGUGCUUUUUCACCUGAUGAUAAAUUUCUCGCUAUUGGAAUGGACGAUGGCAAUAUAUCAAUUUUUAAUAUAGAUGAACGAAAAGCUCAUGAAAAAGAAUUGAAACUCCACUGUAAUUCAAUUUUACAAUUACAAUGGGCACCAUUGUCCGUAGGAACGUCUAUUUUAUUAUCAAUUAAUUGCGAUGAAUUAGCCUGGUGGAAUAUCGCAUUAUUAGAAAAUAAAACCAAAAAACCAAAACGUAGCCGUACUGGGAUAGUAAGAAGCUCAACAGUACCAUUGCUCGAAUUAGAACUGCCAUCAAAUUCACAAAUGCGUAAUAGCCAAACAGCAGAUGCCAAUUUAUCAAGUGCAUCCACAUCAAAUCUUGAUAGAAGAAUUAAUGAUAUUAAUAUUAGCAAUGGUAAUAAUCCAAGUGAUAAUAUAACCAAUGGUAAUGGUACCCGUGAUAAUGGAACAAGCAGCAAUGAACAAAUAAAUAAUGAAGAAACACAAAAUUACUGGGCAUUGAAGACUUGUAAAAACCUUAAUCGACCAGCAUUAUUAGGAUUAAUACGCUUGCCACCUAAUUGUCGUGCUAAGGUAUGUGUUUCGAGUGAUUUUUAUAAAUUUUUACUCGUCGAUGUUCACGGUUCUAUCAACUGUUUCGAAUUAUUUGAUGUUUCUUCAACAGUGUAGGUAAUUAGUAUAUUACACACCUAGGGAGGAAAGUAGGAGAUUCCAACCCGCGUGUACACGGAAAGAUUGUAACCCGACUGGUUUAUGUUCUGCACCGUACUGAGUACGAUAUAGAACAGUAACCACUCGGGUUACAAUCUUUCCGUGUAAUUUUCUACCCGAGCCGAAAGCGAGGUUAGCAAACACGCGGAUUAGGAUGUCCUGCUUUCAUCUGUGGUGUGUAGAGAAUUUUUCACCAGAUCUACACCUGAAAGUUUUAAUUUUUGCCUCUGUUUGCGAGAAAUUAGUGCAUGCGCUAAUUUUUAUCAUUUGUUUUCUCAUUAGAAAAAAAAAAAAAAAAACGACUUUCCUCUAAACAGGGCAGAAAUGUAAACUUUCGGUGCAGAUAUGGUGAAAAUGAACUUUUUUUUAUGCAGUGUCAAAAAAAUUACUGUACGCUUGUAUUUGGUUUUUAUUUUUUUUUUACAUUUUUGUUGUCAAAUACUUGAUAAUAUGAUAAUUUUUUUGAUACUGUUAUUUUGAAAAUAUAUUAUAGUUAUACUUAAUAAUAAGAGUCAAAAAGCUGUUGUGAUUUACAAUAGUAAGAAAAAAAAUAUCAUAUUCAUAAUCAGUGACUCGAGAGGAUUUAAGUACCUUAACGUUACCACUAUAAAUUAAACCAGGAUAUUAAAUUCAGUAAUAAAUAGAUAAGCAAUAUCAGUUUUCCAUUAUUAAUCAUAAUGAUUUUUAUAUUAAUUACGUAAAUAUUAACUCAUUAAAGCAUAACUAUUCAUUUUCGGCUUACAUAGUUGGUUAAUUUUUUUUAAUAUCAAUAGAAUUUAAGACAAAAUAAAAAUUUAUAAACAAAAGGGUUUAGUCGAUGAUUAAUUUGAAUAUCAUAUUAAUUACUAAUGUUCCACUACUUUUUUUUAAAUUUUUCAUAAAAUUUUGUGUCUAAAAAGUUUAAUACUGAAUUUAUUUUAAUUUUUUAUUCUUUGAUAAAAAUUUUAAUUUAUUGGCUUCAAAAUAUUCAUAUAUUUAUAAAAAUAUUUAUAUUGUACUGUAUUCAAUCCAUCGUAUAUUUAAAUUAUUCAAAUAUAUUACCGACUAAACUCUUUACCAAAAAAAGUUAAAAAAAAACAAAUAAAAUGUCCAGUGCAUUACGAAAGUUGCUCUCUCAAAAAAAAGAUAAAUAAAUAAAUAAUUUAUAGAUAAUGUAAUAUAUAUAGGGUAAACCAUCUCGUCUCUAGCCUUCUAAACAAUAAUUAUAUAUCUAUAUACUACAAAAACUUAAAAAUUUUUUAUAAAUUCUUUAACAAUUGAGGGCCAUUAAAAUUUUCUUGAUUUUUCAUUAAAAAUAAAAUUAAUAGACUACAAAAAAAAAUUGAUUCAAUAACGAAUUCAUCUAAUUAAUAAUAAAAUAAAUAAUUAUUGAUCUUAAAAUGAUUUCCUUGGUGAAAAUUUUUCUGGCUUUUCUCUGAAAAAAUCUUUAGAACUUUGAAAAAGUCUCUAGAACUUUAGAACUGAGUUUUUUAGAGAAAAUUUCAAAAAAUUUUCACGAGGGUCAAUCAUUAAAAUUUAUAAGAAGGCUAGCAACCGGGAAAUUCAUCCUAUAUUAUUAAAAAUGAAUAUUGUGCUACUACGAUUAAUUAUUGUGUACAAAUAUGUGCCUUGUUAUCUCAAAGAGAUGGAUAACGUGAUCAUCAUAACAACAAAAAGGAUAUGGAUAUAAUUUUUCAAAUUAAAUUAUACAAUUGUAAUUACGUUGUACUUAUGGCCAAAGAAAAAUUAAUACUCUAUAUCCUUUAGUUUGUAGCCAUUUAAACAAAAGUAAAAAAAAAAAAUUGAUAUUUUAUAAAACACGUUUUUUAUUCAUAUAUUAUAAUAUCUAAAAAUGGAUAGAAAAUAAUCUCAUUACAAUAGUAAUAUUAUACGUACGCAUUUAUUUUUAAAGACUCAUUUUUUGAAAUUAAACGAUUGCAUUUACUACCGCAUUUACAAUAGAUUUUUUUAUAGAAUUUUUUACACAUUUUCUGCCGGAUCUCAUAUUUUUUUCCCCCCAAGAUUCAAGACUUUUUUGAUUUUUUUUUACUACAAUAGUUAUAAUUAUUUACGCUCAAAAAUAAUUGAACUGAGUUUAUUUAUAAGUGUAUUUAAUAAUAAAAUAAUAAAGCAAAUAUUAAAUAUUAAAAUAUAUUUAAUUAUAUUACAGAGCAUGAUAAAAAAAAAACUUUUUAACAAAAGCAAUUAAUUAUUAUUAUAGUGGUGCAAUUAUAUCAUUGUUUAUAAUAAUAAUUAUUAAUAAAGUUUAAAAUAUAUUUUAUAAAUAUUCAAAUCGGCUGUAUAAUUUAAUUUAAAGAAGAUCAAAAUUAUCAUAAAUUUUAAAAAAUUAAUUAAUUUGUUUUCAUAAAUUUUCUAUUAUUUAUAAAUAUAGUAGUUAUAUAUUUUGCCGUUUUGAAUUCCGUUAGACUUAAGCCAAUAUCUGUAAAUAUCCAGAUGAAAAUGGUCCAUUGAAUUUACUUACACCUACAAUUAUUUUUUUUAACUUAAUCAACGAUCAAAAAAAAAUUCAAUUUUGAUAAAACUUUUUAUACUAACAAUAUUAUUACUAUUUAAAUUAUUUAGAAUAAUUUUAUAAAGACUUAGAUAUAAAAAAUGGAUCCUUCUCAUUUGGAUACUCAAUAAAAAAUUUCAAGAUAAUUUUUUCAAUAGAAUAUAAACACUAUUCUCACUCCAUGUCAGUAGUACAGUAUUAUAGUAUCAAAUCAAACGUUAUUAAGAAUUUAGAGUAAGAUACUCGUGAUCAUAAUAAAAAAAAAACGUGUUCCUGAAGAUCGGAACGUUUUUCGCGCAACGAAAAAAAAAAAAAAAUAAAAUUGGGAAGUAAUAAAUCUACUGGAUGACUAGAUUUCUGAAAUGUUUCGCGUUUAGAUGCUGGUAUAUCAGCUGAAAAUCUGAGGCCAACUCCGACCCCUGAAACUACCCCUUAAGUACUCGAAUUACAUGAAUUUUUUUCAUUAACGUUGCGCGAAACACGUUCCGAUCUUCAGAGACAUAAAGAAACAAUAAUUUUUUCAGUUGACUGCGGCAAAGUAUUUUUUGUAAAAUGCGUGAUAAAUCUUUAGUGAAAUGCGUUGAACGUAUUAUUCGUUAUUGAUAUAAUAUUGUAUAGGGUUAUUGUUAAGUCGAUAUUGAAGCACAAAAAAAAUAAUUAUUUAAAAAAAAAUUAAUAUUGACUUGAAUAAUACCCAAUUAAUAUGGGUAUAGUGUAAUAAUUAUUGCUGUGACAAUAUUACAGUAAAAAUAUCUCGAUCUUUUUAGUUACUAAUAACUCUAAUUGAAUAAAGAUAUAAUUUGGCUCUAUUGAUAUGUAUUUAUAUUAAAUAAAUGUAACCAUUCAACCCGGUUUUUAUAAAUUUAUUAAUCUGCAGACUGCAACCAGUCGGUUUUUAACAUUUGAAUUAAUUUUGAUAACAAAAUUUCAGAAUGAAAAUAAAAAGGCUAUUCGGCAUCCGAAAUGGAAGUAGAUUUCUCAUUAUUCGAAUAAUUUUUUUUUGAAAUUUGUUAUGAAUUUCAGUCAUAAAAAAUGUAAGAUAAAAUAAUGGAAUUUUGGCCAUAA